AUGGGAUUCUGGAAAAAGAUCCUCGAUCGGAAGGCCGCAGUCAAGCCUGCCGAGCAGAAGAAGGUCUCCCCAGACGUCGGUCUAUGGCGGAUCACGAGGAUGAUCUCCACUUUUCUCGUCAUGCUCAUCCUGCUGAUUUUCUGCCUUGAAGCCCUCGUCUUUGGAACGGGGCACUUCAAAUUCAGUAUCAUCAAGGAUGAAUACAAAUUUGUGGGCAUGAAUUACUGGCACUUUCAUCGAGAAUACCCUCACACCGAUCCGCACAAUGUCUACGUAAAAAUAUUUAGGCGCCAUCGAAGGUUGGCGGUGGUCACUUCAGUGGCAAAUCGAAAGGUGGCCUCCCAGCUCAACAUAGAUUCGGAAGCUGACUGGCCAAAUUGCACGAUCGUUUUUCGUGGAAACUGGACUACGACGUUGAAAAGCGCUAGUCUGCUCAAUCAGCAUCCCGACGAUAAGCGGCGUUUCAUCGAGCGUGUGCUGAUUGUUGGGGCCUACGACGAGAAGCAAAUCGAAGAGAUGACCUGCCCGCCUUCCGUCCUGAUCGUCGACUACGAGCAUGGUCUAAUGCAAAUGAAUGAUCUCUUGACGGUGGCGCCAGUUUCGGCUAAGACAGACGGCGAACGCGUGAAUGAUACCGGCAUUUUUAUUGGCGAUGACUAUGGUUUGGAUAAAGCGGCUGACGACCCCACCAUCGACAUCUCCCAACCAAAUACACAUUGGGCGCCGUGGGCUGCAGCUUAUCAUCUGGCCGAGAAGCUGCAGGCUGACGGGCAGCCAAUGGUGAAGACUGAUGAUGCUCCCUACUGCCAGAACAGUGAACUCGAGAAU